UGUCAGAUCGUGGGCGCGUUCUGGUACCUGCUGUCGAUCGAGCGGGUAAGCGACUGCUGGAGGGCCAACUGCGACGAGUUCCCCGGGUGUAACACCAUCUACAUGUACUGCGGCUCCACGGAGGAGAACAACGACGAGUUCAAGGAGUGGACCACCGUGAUCAAGCAGGUCAUCUACGAGAACUGCGAGCCCGACGGACAGAACCCCUUCGACUACGGCAUCUACUCCUCCGCCGUCACCUCGGAGGUCAUCAGGUCCAAAGACAUGACCACCAAGCUGCUCUUCUGCCUAUGGUUUGGCCUCGCAAACUUGAGUACGCUCGGCCAGGGGCUCAAGACAACCAUCUACACCGGGGAGUCGCUCUUCGCCAUAUCGCUCGCCACCUUCGGCCUCAUCCUCAUGGCCAUGCUCAUCGGAAACAUUCAGACGUAUCUCCAGUCCCUGACAGUGCGUCUGGAGGAGAUGCGGGUGAAGCGGCGCGACUCCGAGCAGUGGAUGCACCACCGCCUCCUGCCGCAGGAGCUGCGCGAGCGCGUCCGGCGCUACGACCAGUACAAGUGGGUGAACACGCGCGGCGUCGAUGAGGAGGCGCUGGUCCAGAACCUGCCCAAGGACCUCCGCCGCGACAUCAAGCGGCACCUCUGCUUGGGCCUGGUCCACCGCGUCCCGCUCUUCGACAACAUGGACGAGCGGCUGCUGGACGCCAUCUGCGAGCGGCUCAAGCCGGCGCUCUACACGGAGCACACCUACAUCAUCCGCGAGGGGGACCCCGUGGACCAGAUGGUCUUCAUCAUCCGCGGCAGCCUCGAGAGCAUCACCACCGACGGCGGCCGCAGCGGCUUCUUCAACCGCAGCAUGCUCCAGGAGAGCGACUUCUGCGGCGAGGAGCUGCUCACCUGGGCGCUCGACCCCAAGUCCGGGGUCAGCCUGCCCUCCUCCACGCGCACCGUCAUGGCGCUCUCCGAGGUCGAAGCAUUCGCGCUCCACGCCGAGGAGCUCAAGUUCGUGGCGGGGCAGUUCCGCCGCAUGCACAGCAAGCAGGUGCAGCACACGUUCCGGUUCUACUCCCAGCAGUGGCGCACCUGGGCGGCCACCUACAUCCAGGCGGCAUGGCGGCGGCACCUCAAGCGGAAGGCCGCCGAGCUGCGGCGGAAGGAGGAGGAAGAGGAGGGCCGAUCGUCCAGCUUCAAGACCACCAUACUGGUGUCCCGCUUCGCCGCCAAGAUGCACAGGCAACGCUCCAAGCGGGAUGAGGAGGUCAUGAUCCAUGUCCCCGUGCCUAAGCCCCGUGAGCCUGACUUCGACAUUGAUGACUGAAUAUAUCACACGGCCUUCGGCUCCAAUUAGUACUACUUCCUAACAUAGCUUAGCCUUCAUCAUCUGUACCGAGUCAAUGAUUUGACGUCUGGAUAGGGUGGUGUGACAAUAUGAUCUAGACAAACUUUAGUUAUAUUCCUUCCCUCUGUGGAAAUAUAAGACGUUGUGACACACUGUUUUACUACACUUAAAUGUCUUACAAUUUAGCACAGAGGGAGUAUAUGUCUGCUAUUUCA